CUGGCGAGCCCACAACAGUCGCAACUCGCCGCCCAGCCGCCAGCAGCUUGCAGCUCGCAGCCCCGCGCAGCCCCGCACGCAGCCCCGCGCAGCCAUGUUUCAGCCAGCCGGCCACGGCCAGGACUGGGCCAUGGAGGGCCCGCGGGACGGCCUCAAGAAGGAGCGGCUGGUGGACGAUCGCCACGACAGCGGCCUGGAUUCCAUGAAGGACGAGGAGUACGAGCAGAUGGUGAAGGAGCUGCAGGAGAUCCGCCUGCAGCCGCAAGAGGCGCCGCUGGCCGCCGAGCCCUGGAAGCAGCAGCUCACGGAGGACGGAGACUCGUUCCUGCACUUGGCGAUCAUCCAUGAAGAGAAGACUCUGACCAUGGAAGUGAUCCGGCAGGUGAAGGGAGACCUGGCCUUCCUCAACUUCCAGAACAACCUGCAGCAGACUCCCCUUCACUUGGCUGUGAUCACCAACCAGCCAGGAAUUGCUGAGGCACUUUUGGAAGCUGGCUGUGAUCCUGAGCUCCGAGACUUUCGAGGAAAUACCCCUCUCCACCUUGCCUGUGAGCAGGGCUGUCUGGCCAGCGUAGGAGUCCUGACACAGACUUGCACACCUCAGCAUCUCCACUCCAUCCUGCAGGCCACCAAUUACAAUGGCCACACAUGUCUGCACCUGGCCUCCAUCCAUGGCUACCUGGGCAUCGUGGAGCAUUUGGUGUCUUUGGGUGCCGAUGUCAAUGCACAGGAGCCCUGCAAUGGCCGGACAGCUCUCCACCUUGCAGUGGACCUGCAGAACCCAGACCUGGUGUCGCUCUUGUUGAAGUGUGGGGCUGAUGUCAACAGAGUAACCUACCAAGGCCACUCCCCCUAUCAGCUUACCUGGGGCCGACCAAGUACCCGGAUACAGCAGCAGCUGGGCCAGCUGACCCUGGAAAAUCUUCAGAUGCUGCCCGAAAGUGAGGAUGAGGAGAGCUAUGACACAGAGUCAGAAUUCACGGAGGAUGAGCUGCCCUAUGAUGACUGUGUAUUUGGAGGCCAGCGUCUGACAUUAUGAGUGGAAAGUGUCAAAAACAACAUGGACUUGUACAUUUGUAUAAAACAAGAGUUUUAUUUUUCUAAAAAGAAAGAAAAGAAAAAAAAAAAAGAAGAAGAAGAAAGGGGUAUACUUACCACCACUCUGCACACAGCCUCUCCCCAAGCAUCUUACUGUAGUGAUUGCAGACCUCGUUUUGCUAUUUUUGUGAAGUGGGGAAACAGGUCAUUGGAAUUCGAAGAAAGUAUCUUUUAAAGCUCACGUUUGUGGGGCUUUGAGAGGUGGUUUUCCAGACUGAUGAAAGGGACCACAUUCUAUUUAUUGUGCUUUUGACUGAACAGUAGAUCUAGUAGCUAAGCCCAGUGUGUCCUCAUAUGUAGAACCAGGUAUUCAGUGGUAUGUGCUUAAGUCACUCCUGACUGAGGUUUGUGUAACCCUCUUGUAAAUGUUGUAUAUGGUGUAUUUUGUUGGUAAUUAUUUUGGUACUUCUAAGAUGUAUAUUUAUUAAACAGAUUUUUACAGACA